AUGCCGCACGAAAUUCGAUACAAGCACCUCCAAAUACUAAAGCAUCUAUUUCUCCAACUUGAGACCCAACUGGAGAAGAAAGGCCACCUCGAGUGGGCACAGUGGCUUCGCUUCAAACAAUACCUCUGGUGGGAGUCUCAGCCUGGCAAGUUCUGGAACUGGUCCCAAAGACUGAUCGAAACGGAUAUACGGCUCCGCGAAGUCGUUCAGAGAGAAAUCUUGCUCAAGAAUGAAUACAACCAACUGGCUGCAAAUCCAACCUCAAAUCAGGUGGAGCUCUAUGUCUACAACCAAGAGCUGGAUGCGUUGAACAAGGAAUAUUGGAGACUGGAGAGGGCAUACAACGCACUUGAGGCUUUAUGUCCCUCCGAGCCGGCCAGACGUGCAUAUGCUUCUGUUCGACGCGAUCCUCGGCUUGAAUUCUUCCCCGAAUCUGAGUAA